AUGAGCUACGGGAAGAAGGACGAGGACGCCGAUACGGGUCUGGUCAAGAUCGACCGGACCCAGGUUUUCCAGGAAGCUCGACUGUUCAACAACUCGCCAAUCCAGCCGCGAAGAUGCCGCAUUCUCUUGACCAAGAUCGCCCUGCUUCUCUAUACCGGUGAGAAGUUUCCGACCACCGAGGCCACAACGCUCUUCUUCGGCAUCUCGAAGCUUUUCCAGAACAAAGAUGCCAGCUUGCGGCAGAUGGUCCAUUUGGUCAUCAAAGAACUGGCUAACUCGGCCGAGGAUAUCAUCAUGGUCACCAGUACGAUCAUGAAGGAUACGGGAGGAAGCACAGACUCCAUCUACCGACCAAAUGCUAUCCGCGCGCUCUGUCGCAUAAUUGAUGCCACCACCGUCCAAUCCAUCGAGCGCGUCAUGAAGACAGCCAUUGUCGACAAGAACCCCUCUGUUUCGUCGGCAGCCCUCGUGUCCUCUUACCACCUUCUCCCUGUCGCCCGGGAUGUCGUCAAGCGUUGGCAGAGCGAGACCCAGGAGGCCGCGGCCAGCACCAAGUCGUCUGGCGGCUUCUCCCUGGGCUUCGGCUCUUCGUCGAGCAGCCUGCCCGUCAACAACUCAACCAUGACCCAGUAUCAUGCGAUCGGUUUGCUUUACCAGAUGCGUAUGCACGACAGGAUGGCUCUCGUCAAGAUGGUCCAGCAGUUCGGAGCGGCCGGUGCUGUGAAGAACCCCGCCGCUAUCGUCGUGUUGGUUCGCCUUGCCGCCCAACUGGCCGAGGAGGAUCCUCAGCUCAGGAAGCCUAUGAUGCAGCUGCUGGAUGGCUGGCUCAGGCACAAGAGCGAAAUGGUCAACUUUGAGGCGGCCAAGGCUAUUGCCAGCAUGCCAGAUGUGACAGAUGUCGAGCUCUCGCAGGCGGUCCAUGUUCUCCAGCUCUUCCUCAGCUCCCCUCGUGCCGUUACCAAGUUCGCCGCGCUUCGUAUUCUCCACACUAUUGCUUCGUUCAGGCCACAUGUUGUCAACGUGUGUAACCCCGAUAUUGAGCUCCUCAUCUCGAACAGCAACCGCUCCAUUGCUACUUUCGCCAUUACCACUUUGCUCAAGACCGGCAAUGAGGCCAGCGUAGACCGGCUGAUGAAGCAGAUCACCGGCUUCAUGUCCGAAAUUACUGACGAGUUUAAAAUCACCAUCGUUGAGGCCAUUCGGACCCUCUGCCUCAAGUUCCCCAGCAAGCAGGCCGGUAUGCUCCAGUUCCUGAGCGGCAUCUUGCGCGACGAGGGUGGCUACGAUUUCAAGCGCGCUGUGGUUGAGAGCAUGUUCGACUUGAUUAAAUUUGUUCCCGAGUCUAAGGAGGAGGCCCUUGCCCAUCUUUGUGAGUUCAUCGAGGAUUGCGAGUUUACUAAGCUGGCUGUCCGCAUUCUCCACCUCCUUGGCGUCGAGGGCCCCAAGACGUCCCAGCCGACCAAGUACAUCCGGUAUAUCUACAACCGGGUUGUUCUGGAGAAUGCCAUUGUUCGUGCCGCUGCUGUUACGGCUCUGGCCAAGUUUGGCGUUGGUCAGAAGGAUCCAGAUGUUAAGCGGAGUGUGGAGGUUCUGCUCACUCGGUGCUUGGACGACGUUGAUGACGAAGUGAGAGACCGAGCCGCUCUGAAUCUACGGCUUAUGCAGGAGGAGGACGAUAUAGCCAAUCGGUUUGUCAAGAACGAUAGCAUGUUUGCUCUUCCUUACUUCGAGCAACAACUUGUUAUGUAUGUCACAUCAGAUGACAAGUCUACCUUCGAAACUCCCUUCGACAUCUCCAAGAUUCCGAUUGUCACGCGUGAGCAGGCGGACGCCGAGGACAGGACCAAGAAGCUUACCGCCACCACUCCUUCUCUCAAGCCGCCGAAGACUGGUCCUACCAAGAUGGCACCGUCAGCUGCCGAGGCAGCUGCUUCGGCGACAGCUGUGGCGCAGAAGUACGCCCAGGAGCUGGCAGAAAUCCCGGAGAUCAGGGAGUUUGGCAACGUGCUCAAGUCGUCUCCUGUUAUUGAGCUUACGGAGGCCGAAACCGAGUACGUUGUCAGCGUGGUUAAGCACAUCUUCAAGGAGCAUAUUGUGCUCCAGUAUGAUAUUAAGAACACUCUGCCAUCGACGAUACUAGAAAACGUGUCAGUUCUGGCAACUCCCUCGGACGAUGAAGGGCUGGAGGACGCUUUCGUCGUGCAGGCUGAAAAGCUUGAGACGGAUGUUCCCGGCAAGGUGUAUGUAGCGUUCCGGAAGGUCAAUGGGGAAGGUUCUAUGCCCGUCACGACCUUCUCCAACGUGCUCAAGUUCACGAGCAAAGAAAUUGAUCCCACAACGAACGAGCCGGAGGAGACAGGCUACGAGGAUGAGUACGAGGUGUCCGACUUUGACCUGUCGGGCAGCGAUUACGUCAUCCCGACCUUCGCCAGCAACUUCGCUCAUGUCUGGGAGCAAGUGGGCGCCCAGGGCGAGGAGGCUGAGGAGACCUUGCAGCUUAGCGGCAUGAAGAGCAUAGCCGAGGCUACGGAGCAAUUAGCCAAGGCACUAUCCCUCCAGCCGGUGGAGGGCACGGAUGUCCCUAUCAACCAGUCAACACACACCCUCAAGUUGCUGGGCAAGACGGUCAACGGCGGCAAGGUGGCGGCCAACGUGCGGAUGGCCUACUCGUCCAAGACAGGAGUUACCACCAAGAUUACGGUCAGGAGCGAGGAAGAAGGUGUCGCCGCUUUGGUGGUGGGAUCUGUUGCGUAA